AUGGACAACUGGAGAGUAGCUGUUCUUGGUGAUGGUGGUGUGGGCAAAACAGCUCUUGCUGUCCAGUUCACAUUAAACUGUUUUACAUAUGACCCAACGAUAGAAGAUGCUUACCGGAAGCAACUGAUAGUGGACAAUCGUAUGUGUUUUGUAGAAGUAAUUGACACUGCGGGCCAGGAGGAGUAUGCUACACUACGAGAUCAAUGGGUUCGGGAGGGUCAAGGCUUUAUCCUUGUGUAUUCAAUCGCAUCUCGCUCAACGUUCGAUCGUCUUGAGGUUUUCCGUCAGUCGAUGCGGCGGGUGAAAAGGGGAGAUCCCAUCUUUAUGCUAGUCGGCAAUAAAUGCGACAAAACUUACGAACGGGAAGUUUCGAAGGAGGAAGGUGCCGCACUCGCGCGUCAGUUUGGCUGCGAAUUUAUCGAAACGUCGGCGAAAACGGCACAAAAUGUCGAGCGCUUAUUCAUGAAUCUCGUGCGAGCGCUGCGACAAACGCGAAGUCUAGAAGCAGGUCCAGUGAGCGGAAGUGGCGCACCGCCGAAACAGAAAGAGAAGAAAUCGACGAGGUGUAUUAUCGUGUAG